AUUUUUACAAAGCUUGGCCACUCUUUUUUUCUGAAAUUGUAAUAUUAUGGUGUAAAUAAAACAAGUCACUAAUUGUAACCAAUACCAUGAAGUUGAACGAAAUUUAAAAUUAAAAUUGCCAGUUGUUCUAGUUUAAAAUUAUAUUUUCUUCUUGAGUAAGAACAAAUUCAAAGUUAUUGCUAAUAUUAUUUUGUCGAAGAUUGUCACAGUGAUGGAUAUACGGUGGCGAGCAUACAUACAUACAUGUAUGUAAAUACAUAUAUUUAAUGAUUUGAAUAAACGUUUUAGAAUGAAUGGAAGUAUGAAUAUGGCCAACAAAUGUGAAUUACUGGUCGAAUGCCCUAAAUAGAAAUAAAGGAAAAAAAACGCAAAUAUUGUAUCUUAUUUUGUUUAUGGCUCUUAAAGAAUUGAUUGAGUACAAUGGGAGCCAGCACCUCUAGCAAUAAUUGUUCUAACGUCGCAUCAUCAGGAAGCGUAAACAAUAAUACAGGCAAUUCUAAUGGAAACUUUUCAGUUAUUAUGCCUAUCAGCAUGACGAGAAUGCUAACUUCGGGAUCUGAAGGAGUCACAACUGGAAAUGUUAAUGUUUCGAGCGGAAGUAUGGGAGAAAAUCCUGACAAUAUUAUAAGUAGUGCUCAAUACCAUCGUGAGCAAAGACGAAAACGUACUACCGGGUUUGCUACGCUUAAACGAAAAUUAAUUCGACGCCGCCGUUCGUCUAAAGCUUGCGAUCACGCUCGAGUCUUAAGAGAUUUUGUGUCGGACUGGAAACCUUUGGAAUUGGCUGCUCUUUGCGAAGAGUUUGAAGCUUUGUCAGCUCUGAGGGACUUGUCGGUACAAGCUGAACUGGCUCGACCACCUGCGGCGACAUACAAACAAGACCUAGCAGCUCUUUAUGACCAACAUUUGUGUACAGAUUGUGACCUUGUUUUUCGUGGAGCAGUAUUCCCUGUUCAUCGCUCAAUAUUAUCAGCCCGUUGUGUAUAUUUUCGUGACUUGCUCACUGGGUGCCCGGGCUUCGGAGCGCGUGUAUGCCUUGAACUCCCAUCUUCUCCAAUUGAUGUACAAAUGUUUUCUUCAUUAUUACGUUACUUGUACACUGGUGACCUAUGUUCUCAUAACCCAAAUGUUGACGUUAGCGUUUUGUGUCAGCUGGGUGAAAGUUUUGGCACUCCAAACCCAUUGGAACAUGAUUUACGAUACUUAUUGGAAACAGGUGACUAUGCAGACGCAGCACUAGUGUUUACAGCAGAUGGAACAAAUGAUCAUUUAAGACAAGACUCAGGAUCCUCGGAGUAUGGAUUUCGUCCAAAAAUCGAACUUCCUUGCCAUAAAGCAAUAUUAAGCGCGCGGUCACCAUUUUUUCGAAAUUUAAUUGCGCGGCGUACACGUAAAAUAGAUGAGUAUGUAGAACGAUCUUUACACGUUCCGACUCGUAUUGUGUUAGACGAAACUGUUAUUCCAAAAAGGUAUGCACGCGUAUUGCUUCAAGCUAUUUAUUUAGACACAGUAGAUUUGACUUUGAUCUUGCGUGGUGUUGGAUCAAGUACAACAGCGGGUUCUCUAGGAGAAGUCCAUGCUUUAACCAACACUGGCCGAGUGCGUCCAACAACUCUUGAAGAAGCUAUGGAGCUAUAUCAAAUCGGACGUUUUUUGGAACUUGAUAUAUUGGCCCAAGGAUGUGAGGAUUUGAUUUUAGAAUGGUUAUCUCUAGACACCUUACCCACCGUUUUAAGGUGGGGCUGCCAACCUUAUGGUUCUGCAUGGGUUUUUCGACAAGCUUGUCAAUAUUUGCGAGAAGAAUUUUCGGCUGUUAGCGCCUCGCCAGUUCUGCAUCAAUUGGAUAAAUCCCAGUUAAUACAUGUAUUGCACAGUAACUUUUUACAAGCGUCGGAGUUAGAAAUAUUGCAAGCGGUUUUAAAAUGGGGCGAGCAAGAACUUAUUCGACGUAUGGAAGAUAGAGAACCAAAUUUGUUGUCACAUACAGCCCAUUCAGUAACACGCAAAGGUGUAAAAAAACGCGACAUAAGUGAUAUAGAACUAAGAGAAAUUCUGUCAGAACUGCUACCUUUAGUACGGAUGGACCAUGUCUUACCCCCUCAUUGUGACGUUUUAUGUCAAGCCAUUCGAAGAGGUCUUGUAAGUACACCUCCAUCACAUAUGAUUGGGGAUGAAAGAGAAAAUCUCCGUAUCAACGCCUGGAUUCGUGGAGGAAAAAACCAGGGAUUGUAUGUAAGGCCGCGUCUAUUUAUGCCAUAUUUUGAAGAAGUAAAAACACUUUUAGAAGAUCGAAUGCCAACGCACAAUCACGUAGAAAUAUUACGAAUGCGCACGACUAGGCAUCCUCCAAAUAUUCCAGACACAUUGUAUAUGGUAUCUCACUUAAAUUCUGGCUCAAACAGGGGUAUUGGGGCAGAAAGAAAUAAUGAUGAACAACAUUUUGGUUUUUUAGGGGGAGCAGUUGCAAUACCGCCACCGGACAACCAAACGUUAUUAGCUAUGCGGAAGCGUGAACAUAAAUUGCGUCAAUCACCAAUGUGCCAACGUGCAUUGCUGCUCCCUCUUUCGUCAAAAAAUGAAAUUGACCGGCAAAUUAGGCUUAGAGUUGUUAGAGAGUUUAAUCUUCCGGAUGAAGUAUCUGAUAUAUUGGGGAACUCUCUCCAAAUCAAUAAAGGAAGUAAUGAUCCCUCUAUAGAAGCAACUGUUACACCAUCAUCGGCCCAAAAUGAGGUUAGUUUACUUGAAGAUGAAAACCAGAGUCCCCCCCCUUCGCCAGCUGCUCAUGGAUCAGUUUCACAAUACACAAACGCAGCACCUUCGUUUCUAUCGACGGCUACAAUGGCAUCAUCAGUGUCGUCUUAUAAUACUGAUAUGGUUCACCCAUGUAACAACCGAAAUCUUACUUUUCCAAGACAUCACUCAACUGGUAUUAUUGGUGUAGCUAAUUUUAUGGCAUAUAAUUCUGGUCCUGGAGCACAGUGCAGCUACGCACGUCUUUCAAAUUCAAGUCAACAUCGUAACGAUUUGCCUGCCUUGAUAACUGAGGGCGAUUUUGGAUUUUCUCAUGAUAACAGUCUGGGGUCUGAUGCCGACACCGAGGGUGGAGCAUCUGCAUUAGAUGCCGGUAACAGUCAUCUUUCCGAAAUGAUGCCGGAUGUAGCUAUGGCUACGGCAUCGUUGGGACAGCUUCAUUUGACAAAUAGUGGAUCUGGGUGUAUUUCCACUAGCACACGCGCAUCAAUUAUUAAUAACGAGGUACCAGAAAGCUUGCAAUUGGAUUUAGGCGAUGGUCCAAGCCCCCAUGUCGUUGGAACUGCAACAAGUAGUAUUACUAUACGUAAUAUUCAGCAACUGCCUCAAAAUAGUUACCACCAUUUUAGGCAUCGUUCAAAUUCACCUUUUGAAAUCCUGCGACAAGGGCAGGCCUCACCUACGUUGCAUCGCGAACAUUCCGGAAUGUUUAAUUCCGGUCCCCCCAGAUUUUUAUAGAGGCUGCAAAUUGGACCGACCAGGAAAAAUUAUUUAAGCAUGCCUUUCCGAGUAGAAUCCAAUAUAACUAUCCGCAAAGCUUAGAUAAUUAAAUAAAAUACUUAUAAAUUAUAAUCAAUUUCUUUUUAUCAUUGUAUGUAUAUUGAAAUAUAUGUGAAUUUGUUAACUCGUGUUGUAAAUGUGCAAAUUUUUGCAAGAUUAGUAAGUCUUCAGAAUGAAAUUUUAAAUAUAUAUAUAAUUGAAAGAUUCUAUUUUACUUUUUACCCGUCAAUGAAGGGAUAUAGGAAGAGGCGCCUUGCGGUAAUGUCGGUUUUUUCGGCCUAUAAAAUAAAUUUUAGAUUAUUCAAAAUUUUAAAAGUUUGGUUGAUUCUUUCGAGUCUAUCUUUGUUCGAGAAUCCAACCUUGUUCCUUAUUAGACUCAAAAAUUAAACAUAAACUGCAAGGGUAUAUUUUUCUUAUAUGGGCAUAAACCAUAUCUUACACUAACUUUCGGCUAACAAUUUUUGCAAUGUUUUGUUCCAUAAUUCAAUAAUAGUACGCAUAGGUACUAGCUUGUCACGUAAUCGGCGAUCUGCAACAUUUUUUAACAUUUACUUCCGAAUGCCAUAAAGAUUUCUUCAUUUCAGAAAAGUAACAAGAAAAGGAAAGUUAAUUUCGGGCGAAACCGAAGUUGAUAUACCUAUACCACCAUUAAGGUGGUGGUUUUUGCAAUAUUUUGUUUCAUAUAUCAAACAUAGUACGCAUAGGUGCUUGCUUGCCACGUAAUCGGCGAUCUGCAACAUAUUUUAACUUGUACUUCCGAAUGCCAUGAAGAUUUUUUUAUUUCAGAGAAGUAACAAGAAAAGUUAAUUUCGGGCCAAACAGAAGUUGAGAUACCUAUAUCACCUUUUAGGUGGUGGUUUAAUUACAAUAUAUACAUCGGAUAAAAUAUACAUCGCAAAUAUCGGACAUAGUCAGCCGGUUCUAAAAUAUUUAUUAUAAUUUUAAAUUCCUAAUAACAUAAAAAAUUACAAUAAAUAGCAUGUAGCCUGUCUGUUUCUGCGCAAAUAGUCUCUCAGUUUUGAAGCCUUUUGUUCCAGUAGAAACUUAGCACACAUCCUUAUUUUAUUUGCAGGCAGUAUAUAAAUCGGACCGGCCGGGAUUGGUCGACUAUACCGUAUGCCUUUUAACUGAUUGAUCGGAAAUGCCCUAAUUUGGUGUUUUUCAGGUUAGAUGGUUGAGACCUUCUAUGGAUUCUAUUACGGGCAACCUAAGCCAAAAUUUUUGAGGAUCUUCAAAUGUUGACGUUAGCGUUUUGUGUCAGCUGGGUGAAAGUUUUGGUACUCCGAACCCACUGGAACAUGAUUUACGAUACUUAUUGGAAACAGGUGACUAUGCAGAUGAAGCACUAGUGUUUACAGCAGAUGGAACAAAUGAUCAUUUAAGACAAGACUCAGGAUCCUCGGAGUAUGGAUUUCGUCCAAAAAUCAAACUUCCUUGCCAUAAAGCAAUAUUAAGCGCGCGGUCACCAUUUUUUCGAAAUUUAAUUGCGCGGCGUACACGUAAAAUAGAUGAGUAUGUAGAAUAACGAAACUGUUAUUCCAAAAAGGUAUGCACGCGUAUUGCUUGAAGCUAUUUAUUUAGACACAGUAGAUUUGACUUUGAUCUUGCGUGGUGUUGGAUCAAGUACAACAGCGGGUUCUCUAGGAGAAGUCCAUGCUUUAACCAACACUGGCCGAGUGCGUCCAACAACUCUUGAAGAAGCUAUGGAGCUAUAUCAAAUCGGACUAUAUCAAAUUUUUGGAACUUGAUAUAUUGGCCCAAGGAUGUGAGGAUUUGAUUUUAGAAUGAUUAUCUCUAGACACCUUACCCACCGUUUUAAGGUGGGGCUGCCAACCUUAUGGUUCUGCAUGGGUUUUUCGACAAGCUUGUCAAUAUUUGCGAGAAGAAUUUUCGGCUGUUAGCGCCUCGCCAGUUCUGCAUCAAUUGGAUAAAUCCCAGUUAAUACAUGUAUUGCACAGUAACUUUUUACAAGCGUCGGAGUUAGAAAUAUUGCAAGCGGUUUUAAAAUGGGGCGAGCAAGAACUUAUUCGACGUAUGGAAGAUAGAGAACCAAAUUUGUUGUCACAUACAGCCCAUUCAGUAACACGCAAAGGUGUAAAAAAACGCGACAUAAGUGAUAUAGAACUAAGAGAAAUUCUGUCAGAACUGCUACCUUUAGUACGGAUGGACCAUGUCUUACCCCCUCAUUGUGACGUUUUAUGUCAAGCCAUUCGAAGAGGUCUUGUAAGUACACCUCCAUCACAUAUGAUUGGGGAUGAAAGAGAAAAUCUCCGUAUCAACGCCUGGAUUCGUGGAGGAAAAAACCAGGGAUUGUAUGUAAGGCCGCGUCUAUUUAUGCCAUAUUUUGAAGAAGUAAAAACACUUUUAGAAGAUCGAAUGCCAACGCACAAUCACGUAGAAAUAUUACGAAUGCGCACUACUAGGCAUCCUCCAAAUAUUCCAGACACAUUGUAUAUGGUAUCUCACUUAAAUUCUGGCUCAAACAGGGGUAUUGGGGCAGAAAGAAAUAAUGAUGAACAACAUUUUGGUUUUUUAGGGGGAGCAGUUGCAAUACCGCCACCGGACAACCAAACGUUAUUAGCUACGCGGAAGCGUGAACAUAAAUUGCGUCAAUCACCAAUGUGCCAACGUGCAUUGCUGCUCCCUCUUUCGUCAAAAAAUGAAAUUGACCGGCAAAUUAGGCUUAGAGUUGUUAGAGAGUUUAAUCUUCCGGAUGAAGUAUCUGAUAUAUUGGGGAACUCUCUCCAAAUCAAUAAAGGAAGUAAUGAUCCCUCUAUAGAAGCAACUGUUACACCAUCAUCGGCCCAAAAUGAGGUUAGUUUACUUGAAGAUGAAAACCAGAGUCCCCCCCCUUCGCCAGCUGCUCAUGGAUCAGUUUCACAAUACACAAACGCAGCACCUUCGUUUCUAUCGACGGCUACAAUGGCAUCAUCAGUGUCGUCUUAUAAUACUGAUAUGGUUCACCCAUGUAACAACCGAAAUCUUACUUUUCCAAGACAUCACUCAACUGGUAUUAUUGGUGUAGCUAAUUUUAUGGCAUAUAAUUCUGGUCCUGGAGCACAGUGCAGCUACGCACGUCUUUCAAAUUCAAGUCAACAUCGUAACGAUUUGCCUGCCUUGAUAACUGAGGGCGAUUUUGGAUUUUCUCAUGAUAACAGUCUGGGGUCUGAUGCCGACACCGAGGGUGGAGCAUCUGCAUUAGAUGCCGGUAACAGUCAUCUUUCCGAAAUGAUGCCGGAUGUAGCUAUGGCUACGGCAUCGUUGGGACAGCUUCAUUUGACAAAUAGUGGAUCUGGGUGUAUUUCCACUAGCACACGCGCAUCAAUUAUUAAUAACGAGGUACCAGAAAGCUUGCAAUUGGAUUUAGGCGAUGGUCCAAGCCCCCAUGUCGUUGGAACUGCAACAAGUAGUAUUACUAUACGUAAUAUUCAGCAACUGCCUCAAAAUAGUUACCACCAUUUUAGGCAUCGUUCAAAUUCACCUUUUGAAAUCCUGCGACAAGGGCAGGCCUCACCUACGUUGCAUCGCGAACAUUCCGGAAUGUUUAAUUCCGGUCCUCCCAGAUUUUUAUAGAGGCUGCAAAUUGGACCGACCAGGAAAAAUUAUUUAAGCAUGCCUUUCCGAGUAGAAUCCAAUAUAACUAUCCGCAAAGCUUAGAUAAUUAAAUAAAAUACUUAUAAAUUAUAA